AUGUAUGUGACCCCCACGAAGAAUCGCACAACCUACAGGGCGGUCUUGUACCUAACCGACGCCUUCGGACUUCCUCUGAUCGAGAACAAAUUGCUUGCCGACAGCUUUGCCCGCGCAGGCUACCUAACGGUUAUGCCUGAUAUCUUCUCAGGGGAUCCUGCUCCCCACGACAUUACAUUCAACUCGAGCGAGUUCCUAGCACGCCAUACGACGAAUGCGACUGACCCAAUUGUUGCCACUACCAUUGGCUAUAUGCGCCAAAACUUAGGGGUCAAGGUACUCGCGGUAACUGGGUACUGUUUCGGCGGACGCUAUGCGUUCCGCUUCGGGGGCGAGAAUCGUGGGACGGAUGUCGUCUUUGCAGCACAUCCUAGUUUACUCGAGGAUGAUGAGGUUUCUGGUGUGAACGCCCCUGCCAGCAUUGCCGCUGCUGAGAUUGACCAGUUGAUGCUACCAGAGAGGAGACUCGAGAUCGAGAAUCUUCUCGGUGAGAGUUUGAAGCCAUUCCAGGUUAGUCUCUACUCCGGUACACGGCACGGAUUUGGCACUCGUGGCAAUAUCUCAAACCCGGAGGAAAGAUUUGGCAAGGAAGAGGCAUUCUUUCAGGCUGUCAGGUGGUUUGAUAAAUGGGCCUAA